CAGACUUCGCUAUUUAUCCUUAGUAAACACCAGAACUAACCCCCCCCCCCUUUCUUCCCCAGGCAAAACCAAACAGAGCCUCAUUUUUAUUCACCCAUUUCGGCCUACAAUUUUUGUUUUUGGUUUCUUGGGUUUGAGAUUUUGGUCUUGUCCUGAGAAAACAUGGCUUCAAUAUUGAGCUCACAAGGAGUGGUCUUCGCCACAGCUAUGGCAGUCUCUGGCACUGUAAUUCUCCUUGCUUUUCGCCUUCAGAAAUCUUUCCCUCUUGAUAAAAUCCCGCAGCCCUCACAACAAGUCCUCCGCUCCUGCAUAUCUUCUGAAGGGAAGGAAAGGGAGAAGAAAAAGAAAAAGAAAGUGCACUUUGCGGAAGAUGUGAUGGAUCCGAGAGGGGAUGGAGAAGAGUUCAGGAGACAGGUGAAGAAUCCUGUUAGAAUAGGUAGCAACAAUUCCCCGGCAGCUUUAAAUUCAUCUCCAAAGUUCAAGAAAAUUGAUGGAGGAAUGCCUGCUAACAGAGUAGCUCUUUACAAUGGAAUUUUAAGGGAUCGUGUUGUUCAACGAUUGGCUUACUCUUACUGAGAAACAAAACAUGCAAGAAGGAAAAAAGAAAAACAGAUUUUGAUUUUUAUUCUUGUACAAUCAAAGUUGUGCUUGUUUUUCACUGCAGUUUGUGUCUGUAGUUUGUAAUUUUGUAAAUAUUAUAGUUUUUUUUUUCCAUUUCAAUUUUCAUUUUUGUGAAAAGUUUUAAUGACACUGCUCCCCUUU